AUGGACGAAUUAACGAAAGAGAAACUAAUAAGCAAUAUAAGUAAAAAGUAUGAUAUAAAAAACAUAAAUUUGUACAUAACCAAUAUUGAAGAGCAUAUAAUAAAAAUAAAAAAUGAAGGGACUAGUCUAAUAGAUGAAGUGUUUUUAGCAUUUAAUGGGUCUAUAGGUCACCUUUCUCUAUAUUCAUAUUUAUUUGACCAUAAUGUUAAUGUUGAUUUAAAUUGUCUAAAUUUUAUAUAUGAACAUAGUUAUAUAGAAGAAGAAAAAGUAAUAGAAGGAGAAAACAAAAAUGAAAAGAGAGUUGUAGAUAUAACGAAGUUUGAUUCAGAUUUAAUGUAUUAUAUAGUAAAGGAAUAUAAAGAGAAUUAUGAGGAAGAUUAUAAUUUGACUAUAAAAGAUUUGGAAGAUAUAAUAUUAAAAUACAAAGAAAAUAUUUACGAAGAAGCGAUAAAGUUAUAUAAAGAAAAAUAUAAUGAUGGGGUAAAAGUAUAUAACACAUUUUUAGACUUAUGUCAUUUUUAUUAUGAUGAAAAAAAGAUGAAAUUUUUAAAAAAAAAAAAAGUCGAUUCUGUUGAAAAUUAUAAUGAAUAUAUUAAUGCAAAUACGGAUGUUGAAUUUUAUGAAUUGAAAUAUCAUCUCUUAACAAAAAAAACUAAGGGACAUCCAUCUGUUCUGUUCUGGUCUGAUGCAGUUAACGAAAUACAUAUAAAAGAUAAAACAAUUAUAACGUCUGUUGAUGCAGUUAAAUUAACAAAUACCGGUCAUCAACAUAUCAUAGGAAUACUUGGCUUGAAUAGAGAUGGAGAGUUAGUAAUACAAGGUAUCAGAAAUGAAGUGAAAUUGUUUAUUAACAAUAACUGUGUUAUUAAUCAUGGAAUAUACUGCAUCGGACAUAUUAUUCUAGUUCAGGGGCGCAUGAAAUUGCUUAACAAAACCUUUUAUGCUACGGAAAUUAUGCACCCCCCCAGAAACUACGAGGACGAGAAACUCGAGGAAGACCUGUUCUACGGGUUCGAAAACGAAAAGGAGAAAAAGGAAAUAAAAGAGUACGAAAUAAUUGUGAAAAGCAACGAUAAAAAACAAAACUGGGUAGUGAUGCAUGACGUGUAUUUAGACAAUCCGUAUACAUUCGAAAUACUGGAAAAAAUGUUUUCUCUUUAUGUAAAUACAUACCCUGAUAACGAUUUACCCAUCGGAUUUAUAUUUAUGGGUGAUUUUAUAAGCUUAAAAUUUGACUAUAACAAAAGCUUUAAUAAUAUAUAUGUAAAAGGAUUUGAAAAGUUAUCUGUUUUAUUAAUAUCCAAAUUUAAAUUAAUAUUACAAAACUGUUAUUUAGUAUUUAUACCUGGGAAAAAUGAUCCAUGUGCAUGUAAAAAUAGUAUUCCCAAAUUACCAAUUCUCCCUUAUUAUAUUAAAAAAUUUGAAGAAAAUGUGAACUCUUUUUUUUCAUCUAAAACAAAAAAAAAAAUUAUCUUUGCUACGAACCCAUGUCGUAUUAGACAUUUCAAUAAAAAAAUGAUUUUCUUUAGACAUGAUAUUUUGAACGAUUUAAUUUGGAGCUCUUCAAUUAAUGCAACUCAAGAUGAGAAAAAGAAUUUACAAAAUAUAUUAGUAUCUACGAUUAUUGGGCAGAGUCAUAUAUUCCCUAUUACGCAUGAUAACAGAAUAUUAAAGAGAUAUUCCUCUUUUCUCUUUUUAUACCCGUUACCAAAUUUUAUUUGUAUAUCUGAUAACACAUGCAACAGCUUCAUUUCGUAUGCCUCGGAUAAUACUAAUGAUGCCAUCAUUUCGAACUCGGACUUGUCCUUUACGCGGAAAAAAGCGUUCACCGUGUACAAUGUUCUGCAGCACGAAGCAAAGAGGUACGUCGUUCCAAUAUGA